CUCGCCAUAAAGGCCUAAUUAUAGCCUAUAUAGGAUAGGGCUCGGUGUUUGAUGCAUGAUGACCUACUGAUGUUGGAAAAUGUGUCAGGUCGUUAGGACAACUUUCAGAAGUUCGGAGGUUAGUUGGCUAAUAGAUUAUGGCGUGAGUUAAACGUCGUUGCAAGGCCAGCCCUGCCUUGCAGCACUAGACCAAGGUGGUUUUAAAGUGUUGACUCACAGGAAAUCAACUUGCAGAGUCGAGAAGGCGUUCUGUGACAUGGAGGCCUGGUAUCUACUCUGUCUCUGCAUCUCGGCUGCUUUGUGUUCACUGGAUAAAUUCACAGUUAAAGGGCCGGGUCCGGGAGCUCUUCGUAACGUCAGCGAGAAUGACCCAGGGGUGCAGAAGGCCGUGCUGUCGGGCACCAAUGCUUUCAACAACCAGUCCAACGACGCGUUUCUCUUCAAGGCCUCCGCCAUAGACAGCGCUCAGAGACAGGUUGUGAAGGGGAUUAAAUAUUUCCUGGAGGUGGAGAUCUCACGCACCGUAUGCCGGAAGUCAAGCCCGGACACUGACCUGGCCAACUGCAGGUUCCAGCCCAAGGGGCAGCUUCAGCAGACCUUCCUCUGUAACUUCCAAGUGUGGUCCAUACCUUGGCUUGAGAAGAUGACCACCACAUAUUUCUUCUGCCGACCCUCAGAUGACUUACCUCUGUCCCCCCUUUGGGCCCGUCACCAGCCCUCACCCCAGAUCAGUACUGACUGAUACCAAACACCACCAGCCCUCACCCCAGAUCAGUACUGACUGAUAGACACCACCAGCCCUCACCCCAGAUCAGUACUGACUGAUACAGAUACCAAACACCACUAGCCCUCACCCCAGAUCAGUACUGACUGAUACAGACACCAAACACCACUAGCCCUCACCCCAGAUCAUUACUGACUGAUACAGACACCAAACACCACUAGCCCUCACCCCAGAUCAUUACUGACUGACACAGACACCAAACACCACCAGCCCUCACCCCAGAUCAUUACUGACUUAUACAGACACCCAACACAAUACCAUAUGCACAUUUAUGUGUUAUAGUGGAGAAUGCCAGUUGGUCUGUUGCUCAUCAAUAAAGGAAGGAAUUGAAUUGAA